AUGUCUGUUGUUGUUAGUACUCCAGAUGCUCCAGCUGCUAUUGGACCAUAUUGCCAAGCACGUAUCUGUGGUAAUUUCCUUUAUACAUCAGGAAUUAUCGGAAAUGAUCCACAUGGAGGUCCAAAUCCAGAAGACAUUGAAGGUCAAGCUACAUUAAUCAUGAAAUCUGUUGAUGCUGAACUUAAGGCCGCAGGUUAUACAAAGACUGAUGUUGUCAAGAUUACUGUUUUCCUCGCAAGUAUGGAUGAUUUCCAGAAAUUUAAUAAGAUUUAUGUCGACUAUUUUGGCGAGCACAAGCCAUGUUGUACAUGCAUAGAAGCAGGAAGACUUCCAGCUAACAAAUUGGUUGAAAUUGAUGUUAUUGCUUAUAAGCCAUAA